ACUUCAACAGCUCCAUUAAUCUCACACAACUCGGGAACCACUACACAUCGUGUUAAAAAAUAGUCCGUCUCUUCGUUCGGUCUCGGACCGACCGUGUCCACGGUCGUAUUUGACAAACUUCAGGUCACACUCAGCGCAUGCGCUACUCAUCCCUUCUCCCACCCACACACUUCAAUUCCCGGAGCGCCAGUUCUGUAUAGCGGGUACUUUGCGCUUACUCGCAGAACCACAAUGUACUUGGUGCGUGGCGGGUGGUCUAACAUCCGGAAUUAGGAUUGACUCAACAGUGUACCUGAUCAUUGUGCUGGUGCCUGAUACAGCGUUUCGUUGCAGAGUUUGGAAUGUCAAGGCCCAAAAUACAUGUAAUGAAGUUAUUCGUCACGAAGUCCGAAAUCUUGUCUACAAAAAUAAUAUUUUCAACGGAGCUUAGAGGACAGAAGAUUUAUCCUGCGGGAAGUUGCACGAGUUCAUUUAGACGUCACAAAAGCGAACUAUUUUCAAACAAUGAAAUUCGCUCCGUGAAAUCUUUCUCUGUCGACACCGCCCGAAGGCCGAGUGGAAUAUCCGUACGGCAUUACAGAGGGCGGGAAUCUUCAAGCUAAUCAUGGAGGACAGUACAGCAGCGUGGAACUUGAACCAGACGUUUCAGAACGAGUCUGAGAUCAACUCCUUCUACUUCUACCAGACUGAGCAGUUCACAGUUCUCUGGAUUCUGUUUGGUAGCAUCGUCCUUGGUAACACCGCAGUGUUGGUAGCACUGCUUCUCAACAAAUCUCGCAAAUCAAGGAUGAAUUACUUCAUCAUGCAUUUAGCACUGGCAGAUUUAUCCGUUGGGCUCAUAAGUGUUCUCACUGACAUCGUGUGGCGAGCAACUGUAGUUUGGUAUGCUGGUAACGCUGCUUGUAAGAUCAUCAAAUUUCUGCAGGCCACGGUCACCUACUCGUCCACGUACGUGCUUGUGGCUCUCAGCAUAGACCGCUACGACGCUAUCACACAUCCAAUGAACUUCUCCGGAAGCUGGAAGAGAGCGCGGAUUCUGGUUGUCAGUGCGUGGCUCCUGAGCUUCUGUUUCUCCGUUCCUAUUGUGGUCUUCUACGAGGAGAAGGAAGUUCAAGAAGCGACCCAAUGCUGGAUCGAGUUCCCCCACCAGUGGCAGUGGCAACUGUACAUGACGCUCGUAGCGGUUACCGUCUUCAUAGUCCCUGCGUUCAUCAUAACGGCCUGCUACACCGUCAUCGUACUAACCAUCUGGAGCAAAAGCAAGAUACUCACACCAGGUCCAAGGAAAGGACGUCACAUGAAAAAUGGCGAGCACGUUUCCCUCGACGAGCAGUCUUCCAGGCGAGCUAGUUCCAGGGGACUCAUUCCCAAGGCUAAGAUAAAGACUGUCAAGAUGACGUUCGUCAUUGUCUUCGUCUUUAUUCUGUGCUGGAGUCCCUACAUCGUGUUUGACUUGCUACAAGUUUUCGGCUAUUUCUCCAAGACGCAGACAAACAUCGCAGUGGCAACAUUUAUCCAGAGUCUGGCGCCGUUAAAUUCUGCGGCCAACCCACUCAUCUACUGUUUGUUCUCAACUCACAUAUGCAGGAGCCUAAGGAAAAUUCCACCCUUUGUGUGGAUAUCUUGUUGCUGGCCAAAUGAAGGUCACGUAACAGACAACCACGGACGUAGUUUGAGGUACGCUCACACGAACACAGACUCCAGCAGCGUAACGGACACUUUCACGUCUACGUCUACGCGACGUAUGAAUACUUUGCAGAGUUCGGCUUCGAACAAACCCUCUGUACGACAUGUCCAACUUCGAUUACCGUCGGCUUCAAACAGCACCAAUGCAAACACCAGCAGUAUUCAGACGACAGCUUUAAUCCUGUAAUCACGUGUUCGACACUUUGCAGACUUUACAGAAUCCUGUCGUUUCGAAGUAAAACGGACAACU